UGUGGUAAUAUGCCAUCACAUUUUUCUCUUUCGACGUUUCCCAAGUGAUAAUCAAAACAAAAUCUCUCUGAUGUUAAAUUUAGCCAUAAUAACAACUUCCUUUUUUUUGUCACUCAAAAGAUUAUGAAGGGCACAUUCAAAACAUUUAUGAAUUGGUAUUUAAUUAAUAAGAAAAAAAGAGAUUAAUUUAAUGUUCAAUUUUUUAUUAAUAAAAUCUAUUAAAAAGUGGCAGAACAUUCGGUCAUCAAAACCCAAAAAAAGGAAUUGAUGAGAAAUGCUCUAAUCCUCCCAUGCCCAUGCCCUCACGUAGAAGAUCACGAAGCUACUGCUGAAUUUAAAGCUCUAGAGUUGUGGAAAGGCCUAUUGUAUGUAUGAAGAGGAUGUAAUUGAGAUCUGGGGUUGGUCUUAGAAAUCCAAGAUCAAGAGGAUGUACGCGGUGGGGAGACUAGGCAGCUAUAUCUCUCGCGGUGUAUAUUCUGUUUCAGCUCCAUUUCAUCCUUUUGGUGGUGCAGUAGAUAUAAUAGUAGUGGAACAACCCGAUGGGAACUUCAAAUCAUCCCCUUGGUAUGUUCGAUUUGGUAAAUUUCAAGGGAUUUUAAAGACAAGGGAGAAGGUGGUUACCAUCUGUGUUAAUGGCAUCGAAGCCAAUUUCCACAUGUUUCUUGAUCAUACAGGGGAAGCAUACUUUCUCAGGGAGGUUGAUGGUGACGAAGAGGAAUCUGAAGCUGUUUCAUUUCCUUUUCCUUCAGGAUAUGAAACAGAUGAACCUUCCUCUGCUUAUAGGAGGCCACUGAAGUCCAAAAGUUGCAACUUCGGUGGUGAUAAGUUGAAUUCCAUGGAUCAAAUUGAUGUGAACAACAUGAAAAUUGUUGCCAGGACGACUUCCCAACAAUCAGAGAUAUUUGGUCAUGUUUUCGGACUGGGAUCAGAAAAGGAGGAUGAUUACAGGGAGGAUGGCGGUGGUGUAAUGAGAUUGGAAUCAUUGGAGCGUGCUGAGAUUGCUGCUGGCCUGUUGGAGAUGAAGUGGUCCACUAAUAUCGUCUCUGACAGUUCAAAUGGCAAUGCUUCUCCAUUUUCUUCUACAAAUGAUGCACUGGAUGAUAAAGGGUUUGAAGAAGAUACACAGGUUAGUGAUGAACAAAGCCAACUUCAAUCUUCUGUGAAUGAUAAGGAGGAAAAUAGUAUAGGUCACCAGAUAUUAAGAGGGGAAUCUGACUUCUGCAAAACCUCUUCACUAAGUGAAGGUUUUAUGGAAGAAAAAUCCAAAAUAAUAGCCAAUAUUUCAGGAACCAUAGAUGGUAAUAGUGUUGGGAACUCUGAUUUGCAAUGUCAAUAUAGGCUUGAAGCAUGUAAGGACGAGCAGUUUGAUGGAGAACCAGCUGAUAAUGGAAGGAAUGUCAAUAAGGAGACUGUUUCAGACAGGCUUCAGUCUUUUGUUCCAGAGAGCUCGGUUAGAACAUUGGAUGGUUCCAGUGAACAAACUCAUGAAACACUGUGCCUUUCUGAUGAAGGAAAUGGGGAAGUUCACGUUCAUGCUGAAACACUGGUAAGAACAACUGAGCUAGUACCAGAGGUGAACUCUCAUCCAAUGAGCAGUGUUCUACCAUCAGAGAGUUCUGAAGAUGAACAAUUCGUUUUCAGCGACCUUGCAGAAUUCAAACACGAUGAGCCAGAUUGCAUAAAUAAAGAUCAUCCUUCAAUUUGUACCGAAAGUGAAGAAGUAAAUGGUUUGUGUAAUGUGAAUAGUGAGUCAUUAGAUUCUGACAAGUUUGUUCAGGAGAGUCCAGCAGCUAAUAUGGAGAAUUCCAUAGAAAAGUCAGGGAUUAUCUCUGAUCCUAUUAGUAUUUUUGGAAAUCAUGGAGUAGUUGGUGAAAAAGAUGGGCUGCAAGUGGAAUCACUUCCUAUUAUGCAGUCUCCUAUUGCCAAGCUUGAUUCAAGCAACAACAACCCUGUAAGCCAUUGUUUAGACUCAAGUUCUGAAGCCAUUAGGUGGAAAUCGAUCAGGAAGGAUGAUUCAAACGAGAUAAGGUCCAAUGCAGAUGAGGAACAGCAAUUGGCACAUGAAAGCUCUAGUAGAGAGGAGAGUGAGACUUCGGGGAAGCUGAAAAAUAUUAUUCACAUUUCUGCUGUUGAGAUAUCUUUUUGCAAGCACUUGUUAUAUGAAGGGAUGGGUGCUGAGGCAGCUCGUCAAGCUUUUGAUGCUGAAAAACUGGAUAACAAGAAAUUUAGUUCUUUAGGUGCAACUGUUGUAAAGAAUGAUAGGCUUGUUGUUCGAAUUGAUGGCUGUUACUUUCCGUGGGAUGCAGCAGCGCCUAUUCUUUUAGGAAUGGUUACAUUUGGAAGUGAAAAAAUAAUUGAACCCACAGGCAUGAUACCUAUUGACAGAGUGGAGAAAUCCAUUGAAGGGGGUCCAUCAAAAGCCAUAGUCACCCAGAGUAGAAAGUGGAGGCUUUGGCCUUUUUCUUUGAAAAGAUCAAGAUCUAGGAAGGCUGCACAGCCGGGUGCAGCAGAUACCAGAGACUCAGAUGCUGGGAAUGCUGCUGAUGAUUCUGUUGCUAGUGAUGAUGAUGAGAAUUUUCUUACACCCAAGCCAGUGAAGAAGAUGAUCAGGGCAAUCACCCCAACCUCUGAACAACUGGCAUCAUUGAAUCUAAAAGAUGGAAUGAAUCAGAUAACCUUUACAUUUUCGACCGCUAUGUUAGGGAAACAGCAGGUUGAUGCCAGAAUCUAUUUGUGGCACUGGAACACUCAUGUAGUGAUCUCAGAUGUUGAUGGGACAAUUACAAAAUCAGAUGUCCUAGGCCAGUUCAUGCCGUUGGUUGGGAUGGAUUGGUCACAAACAGGUGUUGCACAUUUAUUUUCAGCUAUUAAGGAAAAUGGGUAUCAGUUGCUUUUCCUCAGUGCACGUGCUAUAUCGCAGGCAUAUCUCACUAGACAAUUUUUAGCCAAUCUUAAGCAGGAUGGUAAGGCAUUACCUGAUGGGCCGAUUGUUAUUUCUCCUGAUGGCCUUUUUCCAUCCCUGUAUAGAGAAGUUAUUAGAAGAGCUCCUCAUGAGUUCAAGAUUGCAUGCUUAGAGGAAAUAAAGGCGUUGUUUCCAUAUGAUUGCAACCCGUUCUAUGCUGGUUUUGGGAAUAGAGACACCGAUGAAAUCAGCUAUCUUAAGGUUGGAAUCCCAAGAGGAAAAAUCUUCAUUAUUAAUCCAAAGGGUGAGGUUGUUGUGAACCGCCGUGUUGACACAAAAUCUUAUAGCUCUCUUCACGCUCUUGUGCAUGGCAUGUUUCCACCAAUGGCUUCUCAUGAGCAGGAGGAUUAUAAUUCAUGGAAUUUCUGGAAACUGCCGCCUCCUGGAAUUGAUAUAUGAAGUUGUCAGCUAGAAUAUAAUGCUUGAGCAUUCGGAUAUUGAGAUAGAUGAAUGAUGUCUGCGAGCAUUCUGGAGUUAUCCAGGUUACAUGUGACAAUGGCUGUUGGCAGAGGUUCUUCCGUCAUAUGCCCUUGAAAGUGCAGAGCUGGCUAACUCUUGGCAGUCCAAAAUAAUUUAAUAUUCAUAUAAAAAAAAGUUUUGUUCUCUAAGUUACAUUUGCGUUGUGAGUAGUUGCAUUUGUAAUUUGUAUAGUGAAUUCAUCUGAUUCCAUAUAAAACAUUCAUUAAAAAUCUCAAGGGAGGAGGGGUAGUGUAAUUAAUUUAUAUAUAUUCAUUGUUUAUAUAAAAUCAAUCUUCAUCAUUAGUUCAAUGGAGAUAGUUUGUAUUCAACCUACCCAGUUUAUUGGACUA